CUAAGACGUUUUGCAGCAAGAUCAGCCAUCUUUGUCACAUGUUCAUUUUCCCAUCUCACAUGACCUGUUGUUUGGCCCCGUGAUCAAGCUUGCAUUAUUUCCUGGCAAAUUCAAACACCCAUCAAAAAGCCACAUGGAUAUGCUAGACGAGGCCUUGGAAGCAAGCCAUGAUAAAACAAACGAUUCCACUGGUUCUGACGAUGUCCAGCUGAGUGGACAAGGCGAAUCUCCUGACAGCCAGGCGAUGGCAUCAGUUCAGCAAGGUGCAACAAUUAGUUUGGACCCCAAUAUACAGUACCAAUUCCGCACAGAAACCGGACAGGUAACCUAUCGUGUUGUACAGGUGGCUCAAGAUGGUACAGAGGCAGCGGCUCAAGUAGUAACUACAAAUGCUUUCCCACAAGGCUCACAGGCUGUGAUACAAAGUCCAUUUAGCAAUGGUGGCAGUCCCACACCUGACAACCAGGCAGACACAAGGUAUACCUACUUCCCUACAGGAACAGCUGACCAGACAGCAGCUGCACAGCAGAAUGAGGUGGCCACAGCAUCAAUAGGACAAGUAGCAACAGGUGGAGGUGCAUGGUCAAAUGAUGCAUCUCUUGGUCAAGGACAAUUCUAUGUUAUGAUGUCCCCUCAAGAUGUACUACAAGGUCAGCGAAAUAUUGCCCCAAGAACAGGUUUCAACACACCCAAAAUAGAUGGAGGGAGAUCUGGUCGUGAUGACCGAAGACGGGCUACACAUAAUGAAGUGGAGAGGCGACGGCGAGAUAAGAUAAACAAUUGGAUCGUCACUCUCUCCAAGUUAGUUCCAGACUGUGCCCAGGAACAUGUGAAACAGGGCCAGACCAAGGUAAGUGAAAAUAGCAAAGGAGGAAUUCUAUCAAAAGCUUGUGAUUAUAUCACUGAACUCAGAAAUGGCAAUGUGCGUAUGGCGGAAAGUCUCAAGGAAACUGAACGCUUAUCUGUUGAUCUUGAAUUGUUGAGACAACAGUGUGAGGACAUGAAAAAUGAAAAUGCAAUAUUGCGUGCCCAGUUACAGUCACAUGGCAUCAUCCCUGAUGUAUCUGGAGGAUCAUAGUGGUGGUAGUCUGGGUGAUAUUUGUCUCAGACACAAACAUUAAAGUAGUCUGUUCAGAGUCAUCCAGAAUUCAGUAAGAAACAGUGCUCGGCUGUAUCAGACUUCUUCUCUUAUCAAAUGUUUUGUGCUCCAGCAAAUCACUUGUCGGCAAAUCAGUCGUGUUCCAGCAGGUCAAUCUGUAGGAUUGAUUUGCCCCCCAGAAGGAGAGGCUUGAUUGGCCAAAUAUGAGGAUACAAGCUACUGAAGAUGAAAAGACUUUAUAUUUCGUGUUAGAACCUGUCUUCAGAGAUCAGCCGUGGUAGAUGAUCAGCCAUAAUUAGAGGCCCCUAAGAGUGUUUCACCACGACAUGGACCCUCAGGAAGAAAAUAAUGCGGAAAAUUGAAUUCUUCUUUCAAGACAGGUUUUACAGUUAGAUUUUAUGUACAUCUGGAAUGGUGUGUAAACUGUGACAUUACAUGUUUUAUUUGGGGAAUAUUUUCCCAGUCUCAAUAAUAUGUAUACUUAACUAUUUUUUACAUACAGAAACAUACAUACUGAUUUUAGGUAAAGAAAUAAAUUUUCGUCUUUCUUACGAUUUUCCAUUUUCAUCUCUGUUACAGAAUAGUGUUGCUAAUAUUUUUCAGUAUCUUGACAAAUAGUUUAGAAAGCUUAAACAGAAAUUUUGAUCAACACUGUUUGUAAAAAAUGUGCUGUACAAGUUUGGCAGCAUUUUUGCUAAACACUUUUGACAUCAAAAAUUGGUUUAUUGGCUUACAACUGUCAAGCUACCUAAUGAAUAUCAAAUGAAUCAUGUCCACAUGCUGAGAGCAAAUUUCACCUGACAUGGGAGCAGUUAUAAACUACUGUUCAUUAUAAUAAAUUGUCAUGCUUAGCAUGUAGGACACUUCACAGAAAUUUAACUUUCUAAGACUCGUGUAUCCUCCCAAGAUACUGGGUCAUAUACUGCAAGGCAGAUCAUUGUAAAAAUAGGAAUUUUGUGUAUCAUUUGUCAUGGCAUGAUUAUUUAUUUCUAUUUAAUGGUAAUUUAUAUAAUAUCACAUGAUACAACAAUUUAUACACUUUUGAUUUUCAUACCAUCGUGAGUUGGGAAGAGUGGUGUCAGAAACCUGUCACAUUGCUUCUGGUCAACUUACUUUUUAAAGAACAAUUGUUAAAUUUUAAAUGAUUACUGUGGAUUGGCUGAUGUUUUUAAUGCAGAUUAUUAGUGUAAUGAUAAUAAUCAUAAUGUGAUGUUGUAUAUUUCCUGUUUUAUAAAGGUACACAUCCACAGCUCUUUAUUUAUUGUCUUAAGAAUGCAAACUUUUAUGAGUAUGCCCCUUCUGCUUCGCCUUGGGAUUCAUUUGACGUUAAAAUUAUGCCAUGAUGCAGUGUUGGUCGUCUGUUGGAAUAAUUUGAUAAAAGUUGGUCAAAAAGUAUCCUUUGUGGCCAAAUAGGUAUUUUGCUGAAAUAUGGUCUAAAGCAUAAUUGGGCAAAGGGGACAUUGUAUAAUAGUGGGUAUAUGGCUCCCCUGGGGGCCGAGGGACUAAUAGUGGGUAUAUGGCUCCCCUGGGGGCAGAGGGACUAAUAGUGGGUAUAUGGCUCCCCUGGGGGCAGAGGGACUAAUAGUGGGUAUAUGGCUCCCCUGGGGGACAUUGUAUAAUAGUGGGUAUAUGGCUCCCCUGGGGGCAGAUGGACUAAUAGUGGGUAUAUGGCUCCCCUGGGGGCAGAGGGACUAAUAGUGGGUAUAUGGCUCCCCUGGGGGACAUUGUAUAAUAGUGGGUAUAUGGCUCCCCUGGGGGCAGAGGGACUAAUAGUGGGUAUAUGGCUCCCCUGGGGGCAGAUGGACUAAUAGUGGGUAUAUGGCUCCCCUGGGGGCAGAGGGACUAAUAGUGGGUAUAUGGCUCCCCUGGGGGACAUUGUAUAAUAGUGGGUAUAUGGCUGCCCUGGGGGCAGAGGGACUAAUAGUGGGUAUAUGGCUCCCCUGGGGGACAUUGUAUAAUAGUGGGUAUAUGGCUCCCCUGGGGGCAGAGGGACAAGGCCCAACAGGGGAAUAUGUGGUAAAUCAUUUGAGGUUGUGAUCUGUAUGAAAUUUGGUCUGGCUCCGGUCCCCAGGUAGUGGGGGUGGGCUGAAUAGGGAAAUAGAGGAUUUUUAUCAAUAUCUCCUUUGUUGUUUUAGCGAUAUUGAUCAAAUUUUUAUUUUAUGUUAUCUGUCCACCCCACUUGAGGCAGAGGGUCGGGGUUAAAUAGAAAAGUCAAAAUUUUCAACUGAAUUUACUUGAAUUUCGACUUCCAUGCAGAAUGCUGAAAGGUGAAUCUUGAAAUUGAAAAUAUAUAUUAAUAUUCAAGUGUUUUGCUUAAGCUCAGUGAAGUAUCCAGGUGAGUGAUGCAGGUCCUUAAUUACAAUUAUAAACAAGAGCUGCUAUUCAGUUCAGGAUUUAUUUAUAGAUGUGCUACUUUUAAGAUUGUCUUGUCCUUCUUUGAACAAGCCUACAUCAUGAUAUGUUAAAACAUCGCAGACCAUUAAAUCCAUGAUAGCCUGCAGGACUGUACUGACAAUAAUAAUACAUCAUUUUGGCACAAUGUUGACCUGCAUUAUAUCACUUCAGAUAACAUAAUAUAGAUAGGUUUAAAUGAUUGAUUUGCCAGCACACUGGUCCAGUAAAUAUAAAACUUAAAUAACAGAUAUGCAACUAUAUUAAUAUUUGAUAUUCAAAUAUAACUAUAAUUGAACAAUAAUUGUCUGAUUGAAUUUAUUGUCAAUAUAUUUACAUUCUGUAUACUGCAAUAUUUAAACGUUAUUCCGCAAGUGUAUGAAUACAUAUACAGAGAGGUACAAUUGUCCUUGGAAACAAACAUGGCCACCAUUCAUUUUCCGUGUAUUCAAGUAGUGAGCUAUCAGCUUUUUUAGCCUUUAAUUAUAAAAGUUGGUUGGAAUUAAAGCGACUUUAAAAAUAAAAGGAUAACAAAAAUUUAUUAUCAAACAUAAAUGCCACAAAAUUAUUAUAAGACCCAUGGCAGAAAAGAAAUUGGCCAUUUUAUGAUCACUGUCUGCAAAUGACACUGAUGGCCAUGGAUUGUUGUCACCUACUGGUUCUCAUUUAGAAUUUCUGAAGGGAUUUUCUUCCAGAAAUAAUGUAAAUCCAGCAAAUACAUUAUCAUAUCCAUGGAAAUGUCACUCUAUUUCUAAAUUACAUAUACUGUGUCAAUGCGCAAUAACAACUUUUGUUUCAGGUUAUGAGAAAUAAGUCAAAAAUGUAAAUAUAGCAUUGAACCGUUACCAGAUAAUAAUAGGUGUUGUCAAUCUGUCAUCCCGAUAUAGAAUAAUGGCAAUCUGUCACUCGAGAUAGAAUGUUGCCCUUCUGUCACCCAAGAUAGAAUGUUGUCCUUCUGUCACCCAAGAUAGAAUGUUGUCCAUCUGUCACCCGAGAUAGAAUUUUGCCCUUCUGUCACCCAAGAUAGAAUGUUGCCCUUCUGUCACCCGAGAUAGAAUGUUGCCCUUCUGUCAUCCGAGAUAGAAUUUUGCCCUUCUGUCACCCGAGAUAGAAUGUUGCCCUUCUGUCACUCGAGAUAGUAUGUUGCCCUUCUGUCACCUGAGAUAGCAUGUUGCCCUUCUGUCACCCGAGAUAGAAUGUUGCCCUUCUGUCACCCGAGAUAGAAUAAUGUUGUCCAUAUGUCACACGAGAUAGAAUAAUGUUGUCCAUCUGUCACCCGAGAUAGAAUGUUGCCCUUCUGUCACCCGAGAUAGAAUGUUGCCCUUCUGUCACCCAAGAUAGAAUGUUGCCCUUCUGUCACCCGAGAUAGAAUGUUGCCCUUCUGUCACCCGAGAUAGAAUGUUGCCCUUCUGUCACCCGAGAUAGAAUGUUGCCCCUCUGUCACCCGAGAUAGAAUGUUGCCCUUCUGUCACCCGAGAUAGAAUCCUGUCACCCAAAUUGUAUCCAUAUCCUCUGUAUGAUCUGGUAAUGCUUCAAUGCUUAAAAGAUCUGGGUGACAGAUGAAUAAUUCAGACUUCAUACAUAUUGACAAUAGAUAAGAUCUGAUGACCGUCCAAUAGUUAUAGGUGAUAGAUAGGGAUGACGAAUCAUUGGGGUGUCUCUCAGCCAGUUUGUUAUAUGUAACCAUUUCUAUAGGCAUGUGUAAAUGUGGACACUGUAUAAAUGGAUGUUUUCUCAAUGGGUUAUGUGUGCAAUGAAUAUGGAUUUAGAUGCACAGAAACACAAGCAUAGAUUUUUCACAACACUAAGUAUUUUAAUGAUUUAAGUUCAUAUAGUAAUAAAGAUGCACAGUACUGUGAAUCUCUUAUAAUUCUUAAAUUGAACAUUGUAAUAAGGUAUGUAUGCAAGAUUAAAAUUUUGACUAGACUUGACCAGAUUUGUAUUUCGUUAUGUGCUCUAUAAUCAUAUAUAUAUGCAGAUGUAAGAAAAGCUCUGAUUUCAAUAGAUCUAUACCUGUAGAUGCCUUGUAUAAUGUAUUUUGCAAUGCUGAGUGUCCGGGUGGACUGGAUGGACAUUAUAUAGAAACUACAUCUGAACUUGCUGAUGAUGACAUGAAGCCAAACAAUUAAUGUAAUCGGGUACCAUUGUGGUAAUGGUUGAGUACAGUGAACCAGUCAUGGACACAUGUUUUACACGUAUGUUAUUUAUAAACAAUAGGUAAAUAAUGAUUCUGGUUGUAUUUGGAGGUUAUAUGAGGCAAUGUGAACUUGUUAUGUAUCAAGAUUGUGAAAGGGAAAGUGUACCUGUGAAUUAAAGAUAUUUUAAUUAACCAAUGAACUGUG